GUUAAGUUUUUCUCGACGUUUGCUUCCUGCUUAAACUCUAUCCCGCUUCCUGUAUUCUCUUUGCCACAACCUAAGGAUUGUACACAAUCAUCAUGGCGACCCAGGAUGGAAGUGAAGGCGUCAUAAUGGAAACUGAGGCAAAGCCAAACGAAGCUGAACCUCUUGGUGAAGACGUUGAGAAAGUUGAUGCUGAAGCUACGUCUCACUCAGAUGCAGGAAAUGCCACAACUCAGGACUCUAGUAUUAGCAACGGCGACAACACGGACGAGCAGCAGGAGACGGUGGAUCUGAAGAUUAUCUGGAACAAAAAUAAAUAUGAUCUGAAAAUCCCUGUUGAUAGCACCGGAGCCAAACUAAAAGAGAGGAUUCAUUCACUCACUGGUCUUCCACCAGCAAUGCAGAAAGUGAUGUACAAAGGUUUGCUCCCAGAAGACAAGACGCUACGGGAAAUAAAGGUUACAAACGGUGCAAAAAUAAUGGUGGUAGGAUCUACAAUAAAUGAUGUAUUAGCUGUUAACACACCAAAAGAGGCAAUUCAACAGGAAGUUAAAGCUGAAGAAAACAAAAAGGAGCCUUUAUGCAGGCAAAAGCAACACAGAAAAGUAUUGGACAAGGGAAAACCAGAUGACAUUAUGGCAGCGAUUAAAGGAGCAAAGGAACGAUUGCCAACAGUGCCUUUAUCCGGGAUGUUCAACAAAUCCGGAGGAAAAGUAAGACUCACAUUCAAACUGGAGCAAGAUCAGUUGUGGAUUGGAACAAAAGAGAGAACAGAGAAAGUUCCCAUGGGCUCCAUCAAAAACGUAGUGUCUGAAGCCAUCGAAGGCCAUGAGGAUUAUCACAUGAUGGCGUUUCAGUUGGGUCCAACAGAAGCUUCUCAGUAUUGGGUCUACUGGGUGCCUGCACAGUUUGUCGAUGCAAUCAAAGACGUAGUCCUUGGAAAAUGGCAGUAUUUCUAAUGUGCCUCUUUUUUGACAUGACGAACUGGGAUUGAGAGGAGGAGCCAGUGGAAAAAAACAACUGGAGACGACAUGGAGGCUGAAGGAACUUGUUGGAAUAUCUUUGAAGGAAACUGACAGAUGCCUGUGGACUAAUCAAAUUCUUUUUAGGUGAAAAGUGCACUAUGUGGCAGUGUAACAUUCUCAGCCCUGUUGUUCAAGGUUUUCAGCAAACCCAAGGGAAAACAAUAAAAAAUGUACAGAAAUUGCUAACACUUUUCUUCAGUUAUUCUUAAAGAAAUAAAGUUAUUUAAUGAAAGAA